UUAAUUUUGCUUCACUACUGUUUCGAGCUCCAAGGAGCCGCUGCUCCUCUCGUCGAGCUGGUCUUUAUUCUCCGCUCUUUUCAUGUUUUCACCUUGUUGUCGUCGCGGCUUAUGUAAUUUCCACCGCCGUGUUAUCUCGAGAGGAACGAUCCCGCAGCAGCGCCGUUCGAUUUUGAUCCGUGACUAAUCGGCGCUACGGAGCGUUUCUUUUUGAUCCGGACACGGCCUCUAUUCCGCGAGAGCUCGUAGUCUACCCGACGACGCAGUCGAUUCCUGUGUAAACUCGCAAAACUAUCGCGAUGGACGACCGUUAGUGUCAUUAGUGUGCGUGCCGUGUCCCAUAACCUUAAAUAUUGCCCGGGAAUUUGCAUUCGAAUAGGCGACGAUAAUCGCUCAAGUGAGGCGUGUAAAAAUACAAAUUACUAGUGUGUGUGCGUGGGUGUGAGCGUCGAACUCUGCUUCACUUCGACUGUGUGCGGAGAGGAGUCGCCGUCGUCGCAACACAUCAAAACAUCGGCGAUGUGAUCACGACAUUUGGAUUUCGACCUUCGUCGACGUCAUGUUGAGAAAAUGUGCGGAGUGAUAACGUCAUCGAAAAAUUUUGACAUGUGUGCGGGUCGUUUCAGUGAACGUUGCCUGAGCCUCGAGUGACAAGUCAGAGAGCGGUUUUUCGAUCGGCCAAUUAAUGCGGAAUCCUCGUAGCCGUUUCGCGUGCAUUUUGCGUGACGUCAGACCGUGACGUGACGAAAAACAAUACUCCGGUUACAACUUUAAAAUUGUCAAAGUUACCUUGAUUUAACUCAUCUCUACGGUGCGAAAUUGUUGAACCUUUGCUUUGCAACUUUUGAGGAUCAAAAUUUCAUUUUUUAGCCUUUUUUCAUAAGUAAUCAAUUUUAGUUGCUGAUCGUUAAAUCUGUUCGUUUUUUACUGUUUUUAAAACCUUCUGGCUCAAAAAUAAAUAUCAAAAGUUUGAAGAGUGUUUGAUUGGAAUUCAAAGGCUUCAAAAUGUUGAAGGUUUUCUCGGACGUGGCGAAGAACGUGCGGCUGAAGCCGAAGGAUAUAAGUAUCGACAAUCUGGGCUUCAAACUUCACUACCGUUUUACCUUCGGGAUCCUAGUGGUUUGCUGCGUUCUGGUUUGCAGUCGUCAGUACAUCGGCGAGCACAUCCGGUGCAUAACGCACAAUGUCCCAGGGCACGUCAUCGAUACUUACUGCUUCGUACUGGGGACUUUCACCGUUCCCACUUUCGAGAACAAGACGACGAACGCAGUAUCGGAUCUCUACGCUCACCCCGGAGUCGGCCCUGCCGGACCUCACGCCUCCGAGGAGGACUACAUCAUGGCCCACCUGUACUACCAAUGGAUCCCUUUCCUGCUUUUUGGGCAAGCGCUACUUUUUUAUCUACCUCAUUUCAUUUGGAAAAAUCACGAGGGGAGCCGUCUCUACGCCCUGUGCGAUGGAUUCCAGAAAGCUGUCUUCGUCCUGAAGCUCGACUCGACUCGGUCCGCUGAAAAAGUCGAGUCUCUGAGGAAACAUUUCCAAGCCCUGAAAAGGUUCAAAGUGAAUCGUGACUGGGGUCGAGUCCUAGUGAUGUGCGAAUGGCUCAACCUGUUCAAUGUCAUUUUGCAGUUUUACCUAACCAAUUGGUAUCUCGGCGGUAAUUUCUUGACCCUUGGCUUGAGAUUGUACGACGGGAAUUAUGAUGAAAUCUUCGAUAAAAUGUUUCCCAAAGUUGCCAAGUGCACAUUCCACCAAUACGGUCCGUCGGGGACCCUCCAGAGCUUCGACUCGCUCUGCGUCCUCGCUCUCAACAUCAUCAAUGAGAAAAUUUACCUCUUUUUAUGGUUCUGGUUCGCGCUCAUGUUGGUAGUGUCUGUUGUUUCCAUAUUUUGGAGGCUACUCACAUGCUGCCUGCUGUCCAGGAGCACCGAUUUCAAUCAGUUGCUCCUGUGGGAAACCUCCCCCGGCUCCAGGUUGGACCGGCAUGAUGUUGCUGUCAUCACGAAGGAAUCCUCGUUUUAUGACUGGCUCUUCCUCUAUUACAUAGGCAAGAAUUUGAAAGGGGCCUUGUUCAGGGAGUUGCUCCACGAGUUGGCUGCGGAUUUCGAGAAAGAGCGGGCGGACCCUGUUUACGUGCAACCAUUAAAGACUGAAUGAUUUUGAAGCAAAGGAUCUCCAUCCAAAAGACAUUUAUUUUAAAUUUUUGGUCUCUUCCAAAAGAUCUGUUGAUAUUUAUUAAAAUGUUUUAGGUUCAACAAAUAA